AUGGAGUACACUGUGAUUGGAGCUGGUAUAAUCGGGUUAUAUACCACCUGGAGCUUGAUUGAUUGUGGUGUAGCACCAGAGAAAAUCACCGUGAUUGCUCAAUUCCUUCCUGGCGAUGAGAGCAUCAACUAUACCUCACCUUAUGCAGGCGGAAACUUCAGUUGUAUAACGUCAGAUGACGAUGACACUUUGCUCUUCGACAAGCUGACGUAUAUGAACCUUGGUCGACUUCAAAGGGCACUCGGUGGGAGUAAAUGUGGCCUUGAGAAUCGACCAAGUGCAGAGUUCUGGGAGGCUUAUCCUGUGGAUAAGAAGAUCGCUUCGUAUAGAUCUUAUUUGAAAGAUUUUGCUAUCGUUGAGAAGAAGGAUUUGCUUAGAGGUUGUGCCUUUGGUAUUAGUUUCACAUCAUGGAACUUCAACUGUCCUUUCUUCUUAGGUAAGUUUCAGCAGUAUCUGGAGUCCACUGGUGUCAAGUUCACAAGAAAGACUUUGAGCCACAUCACCCAGGGAUUCAUCUCCGCCAACACCAAAGUAGUUUUCAACUGUUCUGGUAUCGGAGCACUUUCCCUUGGUGGAGUAAGAGACACGAAUGUUUUUCCCACAAGGGGACAAGUCGUUGUUGUGAAGGCUCCUCAUAUCCAGGAGAACAGAAUGAGAUGGGGAGACGGAACGGCUACUUACAUCAUUCCAAGACCAGACUCUGAUGGCGAGCUGGUCCUGGGAGGGUUCCUUCAGAAGGACGAUUGGACGGCAGACACCUUCAAGGAACAAACUCAGGACAUUUUGAGAAGAGCCACGGAGCUUUUCCCAAGGAUCCUGGACAAGCCUUUGGUCAUUGUUCGUGUUGUAUGUGGGCUAAGACCUAGUAGACACGGUGGCGUGCGUAUAGCACGUGAAGUUGUUGAAGAUGGUAAGAUUGUCAUCCAUAAUUACGGCGCGAGUGGCUACGGUUAUCAAUCAGGGCUCGGGAUGGGCAUUAGAGCUGUUCAGCUGCUCAAGGGGAUAAACCCAAAGCUAUGA